AUCAACAUCAUCAUCACUGUAUUGAUCCCUAUCUAUCAAAUUGAAUUGACCGUAACGGAUCCAUCACCUACCUAAGUUACUCCCUACGUUAUCCAAUAUAGAGCCGACUGCCCACUUUUAUCGUUAGUGCGAGAAGGCUGUGCGUGCCAAGAUUAGGAUGCGCAGCAACACUGCGCCACGUUUUAACUUGCACCAUCGCCGGGGUAUCCGAGAUAAUUAGGUCUACUGUAUCUGCCUCCUCCAGCAUACGUUCCCAGUUUUGACAGCCUUUGCCGAGAUAGAACAUAGAACCGCCCAGGUGUCAUACCCCCAACUCCUCUUUUGGGUUCCUGCACCACGCGGCGCUCUGGCCAAAGGUCUAUCAAGCAGCCAUGCGCCGUGGACAUACCAAGUCUCGCGCUGGAUGCAUCCAGUGUAAGCUCAGAAAAGUCAAGUGCGACGAAGUACGCCCGUCUUGUUUCAACUGCUCCCGCCGCGGAUCUUCGUGCAGCUUGGCGACAUCCCGGAGCUCGUCUACUUUCUCGACCCCGGCUGGGCCCAGAAGCCCCAGAUCCGAAUCCAGCAGCUACCAUGGCAUCCCGUCACCGUCCUCGCGGCCGACGGCUGAGGCCUGGGACGGCAGCUUGGAGCUGAUGCACCACUACGCGACCAUCACGGCCGACACGCUCGCCAUGCGGCCCGACAUGCAGCACGUCUGGCGCGCCGUCGUGCCCCAGACGGGUUACGGCCAUCCCUUCGUCACCCACGGCAUCCUCGCCAUCGCCGCCUUGCACAAGGCCCAUCUACUCCCCGCCAGCAGUGACAAAUAUCUCGACGCGGCCGCCUACCACCAGAUGCUCGGGCUGAAGGGCUUCCGCGCCGCGCUGGCCAGCGUCGACAAGGACAACUGGGGGCCGUCCUUCUGCUUCUCGUCCACCAUUGUCCUGUGCGGCUUCUGCAUGCCAGCCUUGGGCAGUGGCGACGAGAUGUCUGAUCUCAACAAGAUAUUCGUCAUGGUCCGUGGACUCCGCACCACGCUGUGGCCCAGCCAAGGCCAGAUUAGCCAUACGCAGUAUGGCCCGUGGUCGUAUGGCGUAUGGAUAAUCGACGAAGAUAUCGCUGCUGAUGGUGCUAAAGUCCGAGGCAGAGAUGACCCGCCGCUGGAUAAUUGUUUGCUUCCGAGGGACAUAUUCGGUGCCCUGAGUCGCCUGUCAACCUCCUUCGGUGCGAACCUGCCCCAAGCCAGCCGCAGCGACUACGAGAUUGCCAUAACGCAUCUGAGGAAGGCUACAAGGCUCAUGGUGCUCGCCGGCGCGCAUGUUGAGGUUGGGAUGCUCAUGCUCUUCCCAUAUGUUAUACCCGACAGCAUCAUGGCCGACAUCCAGGCUGCCAGCCCGUAUGCCAUGGUCUUGCUGUCUUACUUUGCGCUUCUGUUGAAUUCCUUGGAGCCCAAAUUCUGGUUCCUGCGGGGCUGGUCGGAAAGGCUAUUCGCAAUUACUGACAGAUCGCUGGUGGAUUACCCAAAGCUGCAGAGUAUUGUAACGUGGCCCAGGGAACAUCUGCGUAACCUGAACUGA